AUGUCUUUCGACACAGCCCUUAACCUUGAUGAUCCUUCCACAUGGACCAAGGACAACUUGCCUGUCCAAAGCAAAGUGAAUACAUUCAAUGGGUAUUCCGUCACCCAUGAGAAAUUCAUGUGGGAUGCUCGCAUGGAGCCAAAGAUAUUGGAGGCAUUCGCCAAGAUCUGGGGUACGGACGAGCUACUCGUCUCGUUUGACGCAUUGAAUAUCACUUUGCCAAAUCGAGAAGACAAACCUGCUCAAAAGCCCUGGCCCCACGUGGACCAGUCGCCCUUGCGCCGCGGGCUCCACUGUAUUCAGGGCAUCAUCAAUCUAAGCCAUGCAGGUCCCGAUGAUGGAUCGCUUAUGGUAUUUCCAAGGUCGAACACGGCAACCGAGAGGUUCUUCGACACAGAAACCGACCCAUCUACCUGGGAGGAAAAGGACAUACGCCUAUUCAGCGAGGAAGAAAUCCAGUGGUUUGAAGAUCAUGGUAUGAAGCCGUCCAAAGUGCUAGCGGAGCCUGGUGAUUUGAUCGUGUGGGAUUCACGUACUGUGCAUUGGGGUGGGGAGCCAACGGUCAACAGCAACACGAUCCGAACGGUGAUUUAUGCAUCAUAUGCCCCUUUUGAGCUAGCCACCGAGGAGAGUUUGAAGCGGAAGAAAGAAGCUUUUGAGUCUUACCGGGCAACGACUCAUUGGCCACAUGAGAACAUAGUUAUACGUGACGGAGUGGUGCAGCUUCCAGAUGGCAAGGUUGAUCCUCGCAAUCGAUAUGUGCCCUUGGAAAUGCCAGAGCACACAGAUCGGUUGCUUCAACUAGCAGGAGUAAAAUCUUAUCGUGAGCCUUUGACGUCGAUCUUCCGCAUUCCUCACAAGUCAAAUAUGAAAUCAUUUGAAUCCCGCCCUCCCGUCGAUUAUCCACGGAAGCGUGCAUCAAUCGCAUGUAAUUUCUGUCGACAUCGGAAACGAAAGUGCGAUGGUCAAAAGCCGACAUGUGGCCUCUGCACCGAUGCGGGGGCUCAGGUGCAGGAUAUUCCAGCUGAAAUCCUGCUUCGCUUAACCCAUCUGGAAACCCUGAUCGAGCAACAAAAGGACGCCAUCACCGAGCUCUCAGCCCGAGUAGGCUCUUCAUCGGAUCAUCCGGGUCGGUCGACUUCCUCUAUUUAUUCGUCACAGCCAAAAUACGACUGGGACCCAUCACCGGAACAUGUAUACGACAAAUCCUCCUUCGGCCUCUUUUCACCAGAGAACACAUACGGCAAUGAAUAUGCAUUUACUAUUCCUCUCGGUCACCAUACGCCAACAGGAAGCCUAUUUGUGUUGGACCGAGUCAAAAAUUUGGUUGGCGACUACCCUCAAGACUUUUUCAAGCAGAUAGAGAAAAAGCGACCAUUCAACAGUAUCCAGGUCGCAGGCAUACCUCAGGCCUUUGAACAAAUCGACAUAUCCCGACUGCAUCCCCAGGUCACCAAACCUCUGAUCACCGAGUUCCUCCAACAUGUCCAUGCAUUCUUCCCGAUUGUCGAGCCGCAGUUGUUACAUAUGCUCUUUGACACUUUCUCGACAUACACCAAGGUCAACAGCAUCCAAACUUCACUUUAUCUCGUCAUUUUGGCCCUAGGAAAGGCCUCCUCGAAUCCACAACGAAUUUUUGAUAUUGAGGCGGACAAGGAUCUGAGUGGAAUGGAAUAUUUCGCUUCCGCAUAUCACUACUUGAACAAUCCGUUGAUAACGUCCUUUACAGCGGACCACUUGCUGCCUUUGGCUUUAUUCUACGGCUCUUUGUAUCUGCGUCACAUAGGACGCCCAAUCCAAGCAUGGCAAAUGAUUCGUGAUGCGUCCGGUAGUGUGCAGAUCAUGAUUUCCGAACUACAUGAUAUGAACACGCACGAAGAGCGAGCUAGUCUCUACCGGAUUGCUUGGGGUUGCUUCAUUCUCGAAUGUGACGAUCUUGCGGAAUUUCAUUUCCCUCCCAGUGGCAUUGAACUCCUCGUUGAUAGAUUGCCAUUUCCUCGAAUUUCGGAAGACAGCCGAAACAGCCACCUAGUAUUCCUCGCAAUGUGCUCGAUUCGAAAGCUUCUCAACCGUGUGCACAGUGCUCUGUAUGCAAAACCCGACCAGGAAAACUUCCAUGCCAGCCCUCCGCCCCAACACGCAAGUGACACCUCCAGUGUGACCCCCCAAAAGCAUUCGAUCACAUCCCUUAAGACAAUCAGCGAGGAACUCGAUCGCCAAUUGGAGGACUGGUUUGGCUCUCUCCCAAACCCGAUCAGGCCAACCCUGGGUAAUUCGAUAUCCGCAGAGAAGCCUUACGACACUUACAUUCUCGCCCGGUACUAUGCCACAAAACACAUCAUAUGCCGGCCGAGUCUUGUUUUUGCUGCCCACACUCAAGGUAGUACAGUAUUGCCAGAGUUUGUUUUCGCGAAUUGCAAGAAGUGCGUCGACAGCUGUCGCAAAUUCAUCUGGGCGGCCUCUCUUCUUAUGCGGCAGAGAACACACUCAAACUGGCACAGAAUGCAAGCAAUGUUGGCUGCCAUUUUCACUCUCUCGACUGCGAAAACCACACCGGCUUUGGAGGCUCUUGUUCCGGAUUUCGAUGAGCUAGUGAAAGAAGCCAUUCAAUGCAUUGAACUAUGGGCGCAGCAUUGUGAAACAGCGGAUACUGUCGUCAGCAUGCUGAAGACCAUCCGCCAGAAACUCGUGAUCUCCUUCCAAGGUUGGAAGCUGUCGAACCCCCACGCGCCGCGGGGGGCUCCGGGAAAGAAUCCAACCCAAACAACACUUCACUUGCACAAAAAUAUGUCUCCGCCACGACUGACGAGCCAUAUCAAUUUCAUUCGUGGUAUUCGACUAGCAGGGGAGCCGUCCACAUGGGAUAUCCAGAUUACAUACCCUGCAGACUCUACACAGGGCAAAGUCACCUCUGUAACCCCGCAUGAACCCUCUACCAAAGAUGACUUCGAGUCCCCUCUAGCCUUACCAGCCUUGACACACCCUCACAUUCACCUGGAUAAAGCCUUUAUCCACAGCACACCUGAAUAUGCCCCGUUUCUACCUACAACUGGCACGUUCCAGGAGGCUCUGUCGUCCACGACCAAGGCCAAACAGCAAUUCAGCCAUUCUGAUAUCAUUAGAAGAGGAGAGUGGCUUCUUGCUGAGUCCGUUGCAUCGGGUGUCACUGCAAUGAGAGCGUUUGUGGAGGUAGACCACACAGUGCAGCUGAUUUGUUUAGAAGCUGCCGUUGCUUUGAAAAACCUAUGGAGAGAUUCUUGCGAUAUCCAAAUCGUCUGUUUUGCGCAAGAUCCUAUAUUCUCUAGUGAAUAUGGAGAGCAAAACAUGGAAUUUCUGGAAACUGCUCUUCGUAAAUAUUCGCAGGUCGAUGUUAUUGGGACAACACCAUACGUCGAAUCCAGUCCUGAAGCUGCAAAGCAAAACAUCGAAUGGGCAAUUGAUCGUGCCUUGGGGCUGAAGAAACACGUCGACUUUCACCUUGAUUACAACCUCGAUUCAAACAAAGAGCCCCUGGUUUGGCAUGUUUUACAGACACUCAAACAGCGAAGCUGGACUACCCACUCAACCGACAAGCGUGUCAUGCUUGGUCAUUGCACACGACUGACAUUACUCACGGAGAACGAAUGGGCCCGACUGGCAACUGAAAUCCACGAGAAUAAACUCCCAGUCAGCUUUGUGGGUCUGCCAACAAGCGAUAUAUACAUGGCGUCGCCUCCUAGAACGAGCGGGGACUGCAAGUCUCCGCAAGAUCGCCCGAGAGGCACUCUACAAGUCCUAGAGAUGAUCAGGAAAUACAGCCUGGAUGCAGUGAUUGGGGUGAACAAUGUCGGCAAUUCAUUUACCCCGUGGGGUUUGCCCGAUCCUUUAUCGUUGGCUUGUGUCGGUGUGGGAAUCUACCAGGCUGGAAGUCAGGCGGAUGCUGAGCUACUCUAUGAAUGUGUGUCGACACGAGCGAGGGCAGCCAUUGGACUCUCGUCAUCACAUUCGGAUCUAUGUGUAAAGCAGGGGUGCCAACCGGACCUGUUGUUGGUCCAUAAUAGAGAUGACACUGGGUGCGGUGUUUCUCGGCCGCGAACAAAUAUUGCGGAGGUUGUGUGGACUCCACCAGGGAAAUUGAAUAGGGAUGUGGUUUCUGGUGGACGACUUAAAGUUUCUCCUUUUGCUGGUGCGGAUUCAGACUCCUUGUAUCAAUUUUGA